UUGUGGAAGAGUAGAAGAUAUUGAGAACUGAGUUUUGAUUGUUUUGUGAUCAGAGCAGAACCAGAGAAUUCAGAGUUAAGAAAGAAAAGAGAGAUUUUAAAGAUUGAAAUGGCGUUGGCUAAGGCAAAGGAGAUCGUUUCAUCAAAUCCGACCGUGGUCUUCGGUAAGACCCACUGCCCUUAUUGCAAGAGGGUCAAGGAGUUGCUGUCGGAGCUAAAAGCAACUUACAAGGUCGUUGAACUGGAUUUAGAAAGUGAUGGAAGUGAUAUCCAGUCCGCACUCAAAGAAUGGACAGGACAGAAGACUGUCCCCAAUGUGUUCAUUGGUGGAAAUCACAUUGGAGGUUGCGAUGCAACUAUGGCAAAGCACCAGGAGGGGAAGCUUGUGCCCUUGCUUACUGAAGCUGGCUCUCUUGCUAAACCUGCUACUGCUUGAAACCAGAUAGGGCAGUCAUGAGCACAUCGAAGAUGAAUGGCAGCAACUACGAGACGCAGAUUAGUACUUAAAUAGUUUCAGUAGAGGGAUGAACAUAGUGUUGUGCUUGUGAUUGCAUCUGUAAUAAAAACAGAACUAUCAGAUGGAAUAAAAUAAAUUUACUAUGUCGAAUAUU